AUGCAGGCCUGGCAGCCAGGCGACCCGAUUCACUUCGCCUCGCGUCCUGAGCGGGAGGAGAGGGCGGUGAGAGGAUGGUCGCCGGGCGAUCCUAUUCGCUUUGGCAGAGUUGAUGAGGACGCGGAAGUGAGCCGUGGCACGUUCGCUGGCCGGACGGGUAGUCCAGCGAAGAAGCAGGCUCGGAAGAGUACUCCCUCCCCACGACGACCUCCGGAGUACUCUAUCGCUACGAGGGCGACAGGUCCGUCCUCCCCGCGAACGAACUCGCCCUUCGACCGUUCUUCCGCCUCUUGGGUUUCGCAUCGCUUCGAACCGCCGUCUCCUUCUCCUUCCGUCGAAUCCGGCGCUCACAAGGACGACAGCUUCGACAGUACCGCCCGCUUCUCGCCGAGCCAGCAUGGAGCGCCUCAGCCAGCCAUGCCGCCAUACCUCCCUCAAGCUCCCUCAGUCAGCGCGUUACCGCCUCCUGCGCCCUGCGUCUGCGCACUUUCAAGCUCGAUGCGAUCACCUCGAGGCGCAACGCAGGUCUCGCAAGCGGAGAUUGACGAGCUCGUCAACGGCGUGGACUUCGAGGAGGACCUGCCGUCCUCGAGCGAUGCCGCUCCGCUAAUGGUGCCAGGGCCAUCCUUGGAUCGCCGCGAGCUCGAGAACCUCGUUUCAGGUAUCGACUUUUCGGAUGGCUUUGAUGCGACAGACCUGGACGACUCGGUCGAGAUUCUUGCGCAACCUCGACCGACGACUUCGCGCCUACCUUCUUCGCCCACCCUACCUGCCGCUGCUCCGCUCGCUGGAGCGUGGCCUCCGCGGUCGCCUCGCCUCGCCUCGACUCCUCCGCGCCCUGCCACUCCUCAUCUGUCGGCCGCCUCGCGCCGCCGCACUCCCCUACGCCCUUGCAGCGCCAUUAUCGACUUGACAAACUCUUCUCCGUCACUCCCUCCUCCGUCAGUACGCAGCUUCGCGACAACCUCGAAGGCUGCUAUGGAUUGGGACGAUCUGCUUGACGAUGAGGACCUGCACCUCCGUGGCGGCCAACCCGUCUCCUCGGCACCAGCAGCGGAGACGGGGCAUCUUACGCCUGCUGCAGCCAAGCCUCCGCCUCCCGCCAAGCCGGUAUCGAAGCAUCGCAAACCUCCGACCGCACGGUCCAGAAGUGCCGCUGCCGACAAGGAGAACGACCCGAAGGCGACGACGCGAAAGGGACGUCCUCUGUCGGCAACGGCUCUCAGGAAUCAAGCUUCAGCGGAGAAGGAUGCGGCAGCGCGAGCGAAGUGGGCCAGGACGUUCAACUUCCGCGAAUGGGCGCCUCGCGACAUCAAGGUCAUCUACUCGACCAACGCCGACGAGGUCCGACAGGUGCUGUCCACGAUGGAGGGGCCCUUCGGUUUCGACCUCGAGUGGAACAUCUACGGUCCGCCGUCAAGCCGUCGUGCCGCCCUCGUCCAGGUGUGCGAUCGUAAGACCGUCCUCCUCGUGCACGUCGCUCGCAUAUGUGGCGAUUCUGGCAAGGAGCGCAAGGGUUUCGCCUUCCCGGACGCGCUCAAGGAGUUCAUCGAGGACGACUCGAAGAUCAAGCUCGGCGUGAACAUCGGCGGCGAUGCAACCAAGCUCAGGAAGGACUUUGAUCACAGCCCGCGCGGCGUCCUCGACCUCAACAGCAUCCGCCUCCGGCACGAUCCAGAGACUAUCGCGCAUCGACGCCUCGUCAGCCUGCAGCAGCUCGUCGGCUCGUAUCUCGAUUGCUACUUGCCGAAGGAUAGCGACAUCAGGUGCAGCAGGUGGCAUGAGCGCCUCUCGGAACAGCAGCUCGAAUACGCUGCAAACGACGUCUACUCGUCGCUGAUGGUCGUGCACGCGAUCCACUCGCUCGCCGACCUCACCCCGGACGAAGCGCACAACGACUUGCGGUCCCUCGCCGACUCGCCGCCACCUCGCAACGUCGUCCCUCGUCAGGCGCCAGCAGCUGCCGCGGACGCUGAACAUGCGGCUCCCCGCGAAGCCGCCCUCGCCGCUCUCUCGCCUCGUCGCCUCGAGCUGUUCGGCUACUUCAGCGACCCGACACUCUCGUUCGACGACGUUCACGCCAAGAUGAACGAGACGGGCAGCAUGAAGCCUCUCUCGGUCGUCUGGACUCUCCUCAGCACGUACGCCGAGCUGCGAACCAAGGGCGUCGAGGACGGAUUCGACGUUUCUCGCCUUCGCGACUUUGCCCUCGCCGUCGAGGAAGACUGGUCGCCCAGGUUCCUCGCCGAGCACGGUACGCUCGUCACGGAGCUGCGUCGGGUCGCUCCGGCGCAGAGCAAGGCAUCGGGCUGA